ACUGAUAAUGCAUCUGAAGCCCUUCCUUAUUGUUUUGUUGAUCUUCAUAAUAAAUGAAGAUGCAUCACUCUCAGAGAAAGUUGACAGUGACAACAGAGUACAUAUAAGUGACAUCGGUAGCCAUACCUUCAUAAGGCAUAGAGAAAAAAGGCGUAUCCUGGGAGCUGAACACGAGUACUUCCGGGCAUAUUACUAUGAGAAAGGUCUCCUGCGUGUUUACAACAGUUUGAGACGUGACGGAUUAAUAGAUGAUUGGAGUCCACUAGGGGCAACUUCAUACAGUAACGCCAUUGCUACGUCAACAGAUUAUUACAGAGUGCAAGCAGAAGCAGGUCAAAACGUGGAUGCCCAAAUAAACCGAAUUCAACGUAUCCUAGCCUACCGGCGUCAAGACGCUCGAAAUCACGGUGGUGGUGAUGAGGGUCAUAACUUAAAUAUUGCUAACUGGCAGAAUGGAUUGGAGAGAAUUCAGGGUGGUCAAGAUCGAUAUGAGUGUCGUCGUACAUACAUAGUUCAUGAUGAGCUGAGAAAGAGAAGCGUCAGUUAUCGAGGAUGGAGCAGGCGUCGUGUCUCGAGCCGCAGAGGAGGAAGCAGGAGCCGUCUCCCAGGCAACAGAGGAGGAAGCAGACGAUUUAUCCCAAACCGAGGACGAAGUGGCAGACGGUUGUUCUGCUGAUUUAAGAACAUAUUUGCAUUUGAAUUUUAAAUAUGCUUAAAUGUUUCUCAUGAAUGCAUUCUGAAAUUUCAAAAUGAAUUUUUUUCAAAGGCAAA